GCGGUUGCCAGGGCGACGGGAGCUUCCCCGAUUGCAGAUACCGGCCAGUGGGGAUGUAGAAGCCGUUACCAGUUGUGGGCCUUGGGCCUCCCACUGAGUCUCCACGAUGUUCUUCUACCUGAGCAAGAAAAUCGCCAUACCUAACAACGUGAGGCUGAAGUGUAUAUCCUGGAACAAGGACCAAGGGUUUAUAGCAUGUGGAGGUGAAGAGGGAUUAUUGAAAGUUUUGAAAUUAGAGACACAAACAGAUGAUGCAAAAUUGAAGGGUCUUGCAGCUCCUAGUAACCUUUCUAUGAAUCAGACCCUGGAAGGUCACAGUGGUGCAGUUCAAGUUAUAACCUGGAAUGAGCAGUAUCAGAAGUUGACUACCAGUGAUCAGAAUGGGCUUAUCAUUGUUUGGAUGCUAUAUAAAGGCUCCUGGUAUGAGGAGAUGAUCAACAAUCGGAACAAGUCAGUGGUUCGAAGUAUGAGCUGGAAUUCCGACGGGCAGAAGAUCUGUAUCGUAUAUGAGGAUGGAGCUGUGAUCGUUGGCUCGGUGGAUGGGAACCGUAUUUGGGGAAAAGACCUGAAGGGUAUACAGUUGUGCCAUGUAGCAUGGUCUGCAGAUAGUAAAAUCUUACUUUUUGGAAUGGCGAAUGGGGAAAUACACAUUUAUGAUAAUCAAGGAAAUUUUAUAAUGAAAAUGAAGCUGAAUUGUUUGGUGAACGUCACUGGAGCCAUCAGCAUCGCAGGCAUUCAUUGGUACCAUGGCACAGAAGGCUAUGUGGAACCUGACUGUCCUUGCCUGGCUAUUUGUUUUGACAAUGGAAGAUGCCAAAUAAUGAGACAUGAAAAUGACCAAAACCCAAUUUUGGUUGAUACGGGCAUGAACGUGGUCAGCAUCCAGUGGAACCACACUGGUAGUGUGUUAGCUGUGGCCGGCUCCCAGAGGGUCGUCACUCAGGAAAAAGAUAUCAACUCUGUGCAGUUUUAUACUCCCUUUGGUGAGCAUUUGGGUGCUUUGAAAGUUCCUGGGAAGCAGAUGACUGCACUGUCUUGGGAAGGAGGUGGACUGAAAAUUGCACUUGCUGUUGAUUCCUUCAUAUAUUUUGCAAAUAUUCGACCUGAUUAUAAGUGGGGCUAUUGCUUAAAUACUGUGGUUUAUGCAUAUACCAGACCUGAUCGUCCUGAGUACUGUGUGGUCUUUUGGGAUACAAAAAACAAUGAGAAGUAUAUUAAAUAUGUGAAGAGUCUCAUUUCUAUUACCACUUGUGGCGAUUUCUGCAUUUUGGCUACUAAAGCUGAUGAAAAUCAUCCUCAGUUUGUGCUAGUUCUUUGUAAUUCUAUUGGCACACCCUUGGAUCCCAAAUACAUUGAUAUUGUACCGUUAUUUGUUGCAAUGACCAAAACCCAUGUGAUAGCAGCUUCAAAAGAAGCAUUUUACACCUGGCAAUACCGUGUGGCAAAGAAACUCACAGCACUGGAAAUUAAUCAGAUCACACGAUCUCGAAAAGAAGGGAGAGAAAGAAUUUAUCAUGUUGAUGAUAUUCCUUCUGGAUCAUUGGAUGGGGUGCUUGAUUAUAAAAAAGCCAUUCAAGGUACAAGAGAUCCAAUUUGUGCCAUAACUGCAUCUGAUAAGACAUUGAUUGUGGGUCGUGAAUCUGGAACUGUUCAGAGAUACAGUCUUCCUAAUGUCGCUCUGAUUCAAAAGUAUUGCCUACAUUGUCGAGCCUACCAAUUGUCCCUGAAUUGCAACUCUAGUCGUCUUGCUAUCAUAGACAUCUCUGGAGUUCUCACUUUCUUCGACCUGGAUGUUCGGGUGACUGACAGUACAGGACAGCAAGUAACUGGAGAGCUGUUGAAAUUGGAGCGGAAAGACGUCUGGGAUAUGAAGUGGGCCAAGGAUAAUCCUGAUUUGUUUGCAAUGAUGGAGAAGACAAGGAUGUAUGUUUUCAGAAACUUGGAUCCUGAGGAACCCAUUCAGACUUCUGGAUAUAUUUGUAACUUUGAGGAUUUGGAAAUCAAAUCUGUUCUUUUGGAUGAGAUAUUGAAGAAUCCAGAACAUCCAAACAAGGAUUACAUAAUGAACUUCGAGGUUCGAUCUCUGCGAGACAGUCGAGCAUUAAUUGAGAAGGUUGGAAUUGAAGAUGCGUCUCAGUUCAUAGAGAACAAUCCACACCCCCGACUUUGGCGCCUGUUGGCUGAAGCAGCUCUUCAGAAGCUGGACUUGGACACCGCAGAGCAAGCAUUUGUGCGCUGCAGAGAUUACCAAGGCAUUAAGUUUGUGAAGCGCUUGGGCAAUCUGCAGAGCGAGUCAAUGAAGAAGGCUGAGGUUGUUACCUACUUUGGCAGGUUUGAAGAGGCUGAGAGAAUGUACCUUGAAAUGGACAGAAGAGAUCUUGCUAUUGGCCUCCGGCUGAAGUUGGGGGAUUGGUUUAGAGUACUGCAACUCCUGAAAACUGGAUCUGGUGAUGCAGAUGACAGUCUCCUGGAACAAGCCCACAACGCCAUUGGAGACUACUUUGCUGACCGACAAAAGUGGUUGAAUGCUGUCCAGUAUUAUGUGCAAGGUCGGAACCAGGAACGCCUAGCGGAAUGUUACUAUAUGUUAGAAGAUUUGGAAGGAUUAGAGAAUCUUGCCAACUCACUUCCAGAAAACCACAAGUUGCUUCCAGAAAUAGCAGAAAUGUUUGAGAGAGUUGGAAUGUGUGAACAAGCAGUGAAUGCAUUUCUGAAAUGUAAUCAACCAAAGUCAGCAGUGGAUAGCUGUGUGCAUCUCAACCAAUGGAACAAAGCUGUUGAAUUGGCUAAAAGUCAUAAUAUGAAAGAAAUUGGGUCCUUAUUGGCUAGGUAUGCCUCUCAUUUACUGGAAAAGAAUAAAACUCUUGAUGCCAUAGAACUCUAUCGGAAAGCCAGUUACUUUUUCGAUGCUGCUAAACUAAUGUUUAAGGUUGCAGAUGAUGAGGCAAAGAAAAGGACUAAACCGCUGCGUGUUAAGAAGCUCUAUGUACUAUCAGCCUUACUCAUAGAGCAGUACCAUGAACAAAUGAAAAAUGCCCAACGGGGGAAAGUUCAAGGAAAGAAUUCACAGGCCACUUCUGCUUUGGCAGGCUUGAUGGAAGAGGAAGCCCAGUCCACAACCAGUCGUUUCACAGAUAAUGCAUGGCGAGGGGCGGAGGCUUACCACUUCUUUAUCCUUGCUCAGAGGCAGCUCUAUGAGGGAUAUGUUGAUACCGCCUUGAAGACAGCUCUUCACCUGAGAGACUAUGAGGAUAUUAUCCCUGCGGUGGAGAUUUACUCACUGUUAGCGCUCUGUGCCUGUGCCUGUAGAGCUUUUGGCACCUGUUCGAAAGCUUUUAUUAAACUUGAAUCUUUAGACAGUCUCACUGCAGAACAGAAACAGCAGUAUGAAGACCUUGCUCUAGAAAUCUUUACCAAACAUAUUCCAAAAGAUAACAGAAAAUCUGAAUUGAACAGCAUUCUUGAAGGUGGCGAAGGUAAACUCCCAACAUGCAUUGCCACAGGAAGCCCAAUCAUUGAAUAUCAGUUCUGGAUGUGUAAAGUCUGCAAACACUACGUUCUUGCUCAGGAAAUAACUAACUACAGCUUCUGUCCCUUAUGCCAUAGUCCAGUGGAUUAAAGAUGAACUAUAUGUAAUUACAAAAUAUAUGUUGCUUUACCUGUGUCUCUAAUAAUGUUGAUUUCCAUGAGUUUUAUAUGAAAAUCAGUGCCAUCAUUUUACACAAAAUACAUUUUGUGUAUUUUUAUACAGAAUAUAAAGAUAAGAACAACUUUUGCACAAAAAUACAACUGUGCAAUGGAUGUGAACUUUAUUUGAUCUAUCAGUUAAUUAUUUAUGUACAUUGGCUACCAUGGAAAUAUUACAAAUAAAAAUUUUUAUUACGAUGUCAAGGAAGUAAGUGAGGGUGGAGGAGGCAUGGGAGUGGGACUUUGAAUUUAGAGAGAAUGAAGCAACCAGCAUGUGAAGUGAGCUCCAUUUUAUCUAUACUUUAAGAAUUGGUUUUCCUAUGUGUUAUUUUCAGAAGUGAGAAAGCUUGGGCUCUGCUUAUGAAAUAAGUUUCUAUAGAAAGAACCAUUUUAUUACAGUGCUGCUUGAAACAUUGUAACAGAAUGCAUCCUUCAUUAAUAAAGUGUCUUGCUCUGUGUGUG